UCCUAUACAUGGUUCUCAAAGCCAUUGUUGUACAGCUCUCUGCAUUAAAUUCAUAAUCUGCAGUGUACUCUCAGUUGAAGUCAGCCAUUCCAUUUAAUUCAAGCUUUUCGGUUGCUCCUUUAGGACCUUUUCUCAUCUGUUUCUUUAUCUAUAUAUGUACUGAAUAAAAAUUUUGAUUCUCAGCAAUUUCUGCAGUACAGCUGGUUUUAAAAAGGAACAAAAAAUGGGCCAUGGCCACCAUAAGUGCUGCAACAAACAAAAAGUGAAGAGAGGGAUGUGGUCACCUGAUGAAGAUGAGAAACUCUCAAGGCACAUCUCUGCCUACGGCCAUGGCUUCUGGAGUGCAGUUCCUAGACUUGCUGGGUUGCAGAGAUGUGGCAAGAGUUGCAGACUGAGAUGGAUAAAUUACUUGAGGCCGGGUCUGAAAAAAGGGAGUUUUUCUCCACAAGAAGCUGCUCUCAUAAUUGAUCUGCACAAUAUUCUAGGGAAUAAGUGGGCUCAGAUAGCCAAGCAUCUUCCUGGAAGAACAGACAAUGAAGUGAAAAACUUUUGGAAUUCGAAUAUCAAGAAAAAACUCAUGGCAAUGAAUCUUUCUAAUAUGGCUCCAGUUUCUGAACUAGCCGCAAUUUCUAAUCUGGCAAAUUCGGCCAGGAGCAAUGUUCAAGGUUUGUACUCAGUGAAUUCGAACUCUAAUCUGAUCCCAACUGCCCAAAUAGAUCAAGCCUACAUCCCUGCGGCAGACCCAAAUAAUCCCCUGCUACAAGGGUUUGAUCAGGUGAAUUUCAAUCCCAAUUUACUCACUCCUCUGGCUUCUUUUCCCUUAUCAUCACUGGAUUCAUCUGCAUUUCAUCUGCCGCCCUUAUGGAUGCCAUCGGAAUACCAGAAACCACUACUGAUAGAUCAUCGUCGACAAUUGAACAAACAGGAAGACACUUCCAUGUUCAUCACUGGUGGCACUAGGGCUCCACAAUUUUUCAACCUGCCGCCAUUAACGGGGACUUAUGAUGAUACAUCAGCAUUUAAUGGGCUGCUGGAACUCAGUCAAAUGACCAAUGGGAAUCAGUUUGGGAUGUGCUCUUCAUCUGUUUCACCAGUUCUUGAACCAGUUUCUGCAGGAUUUUCAGGAUUCCCUUCGGUCCUUAAUGCACGUAAGAUGCAGAUUCCCGCAGUCAGUCAUAUCCAGUUCAUUCAGUCCGUCAUGCCAGCAUUCAACUCAUCAUCUUCCUCCUCGUCCUCCCUCUUGCUAGAUCGAUCCUUAGACAUGGUGGUGCUCGAUUGAAUUUUCUGAUCUGUGGGAGGAAUCAUUAAGUGCCAUGAGUUUAGUUUUCAAGGUUAUGAGGAAGGGAAAAAAUAUGUUUAUAAUUUGGUAUUUUCAGUAGAUUUUUCCAAUUUCGUGGAUGUUCAUAAAUAAGACUAUCUUUCACAAUUUUAUU